AAAAGCUGUACCAAACGGGGUCUAGGUCUGAGAGCAUAUAUUUCUACAGUGUCGCUGACUGAGAAGCCGAAAUUCGUGAAUCGUAAUCGACGGGAGGAGGUCUCCUCGACAGCGAGGGACGCGAACUCUCCGGUCCUCCAGCUCCAAGUCUCCGAAGCAAGGCUCGCCAGAGGUUGUUUUCAGUCAGAAUGGCAAUGUAUAUCAGAGUAAAGAGAGUUAAGACAACUUACUUUAUUCAGUGUGAUCCAACUGAGACAAUCCUUGACAUUAAGAGCAAAUUACAUACCCUGAUUGAUCAACCUGUUAAUGAUCAGCGUUUAGUAUUGGCGGAAACCGGGGAAGUAUUAGAGGAUUCAAAAACAUUGGCAGAUCAGAAGGUUGAAAAUGAUGCUGUAGUGGCACUGACUUUAAGAAAAGAUGAUAACGAGUUCGAGGAAGUCAACAUUGAAAGACCAAAAGAAUUCUAUCAAUCACGCGAAGCAGAUGGUGGAAGUUAUUGAAGCACAUGCCUGUAAUUGUAGGUCUAAGCUGUCUUCAUUCUGCACAAUUAGGGUCACCAUCCGCCCUCAUUCAUACAACGCUCUACGAAUUAUGAAACCUUAUUCGUACCAUGACAAUUGCCAUUGGAAUAUGUAGUUUGAUAAAUGGAGUUUGUUGGGUAUGGCCGUGGAAAUUUCUUUGUUGUCUGUUGCAGGCUAAGCUGCUCGUACACAGAAAUUCAUCUGGAACGCUUUGAUAAACGUUAGAUCAUCAAACCUUUUCGAUGGCAGCCUAUUACAUUAGAAGCUAUUGUUUUAAAGCUUGAAGAGAGGCAUGGUCUUUUCUAGGAUUUGCAUGCACUUGGAUAGCAUUAUAAACCAUUUUUUUUCUUCUCAAAAUCAAGUGUGAUAAUGUA